ACACGACUUAGCUCUGAGCGUUGCUCACUGUUUAAGCCACUGUUCAUUGAGGUGACGAAAGAGUUAAUAUAAGAUGAGAGAACAGCUUGAGUGGAGCCGGUGCUCGAGCCAUCUCUGAGCAUCUGCUUCUGUCCUGGCAAGUGGCUACUACUGCAGUCAGUAAAGGAUCGGACAUUGGAGGGACCGGGAACAGUGCGCCGGUAACGGGACCGUGAGACUUCGCAUGGACUGUCAGUCCAUAUAUCGCAUGAAUUAUUGGCUGUGCUGCAUCCCGUGGGACCACCGCAGGCGACACUAUUACGACCUGCAUUUCUCCUCCACUAGAUAAAAAUAGAGGGAUGGUAAUCAUGGUGUAAUGGGUGUGAUUGAACAGGGGACCUCUUGCACGCCAAACCAACCAUUAGACCAAGAGGAAAUCCUUGUGGUCUCAAGGUGAUAUUUGGGCGUAAAGCUCUCAGGCACGACUACCUCAUCACGAAGACGUGGUGAUUCCAAAUCACCUCUACUACAAUGGCAACCACAGUCCCUCCGCCAGUGCCUCUGACGGUCUUGUCUCGCUGGUACCUGUACGCCAUCCACGGCUACUUCUGUGAGGUCAUGUUCACCGCCGCCUGGGAGUUUGUGGUCAACCGCGACUGGAAGUUCCCUGGUGUUACCAGUGUGUGGGCUCUGUUCAUCUACGGGACCUGCAUCCUCAUCAUGGAGCACAUGUACCUGGCCCUCCGAGCUCUCCACUGCCCCCUGCUGCUGCGAUGCCUCAUCUAUACCCUGGGGAUGUACAUCUGGGAGUUCAGUACAGGGCUAUUGUUGACCCAGUUUGGGGCAUGUCCCUGGGAUUAUUCCCAUUUUCAGUAUAACUUCAUGGGGUUGAUCACGGCAGAGUACGCCCUGCCAUGGUUCUGUGCGUCGUUCAUGAUGGAGCGACUGGUUAUACGUAACACACUGCGGCUAAGGAUGGACACGGACGGAACAGAGGGCGUCAAGUCUGAUGCAGGCGUGGGAGGAGAUGGGGGAGGAGAUGGGGUAGGAGGGGGGAGGAGAGAAUGGGGUGAACGAGGAGGUACAGAGGUCAACGGUUUCCUGAAAGUGGACUGA